GAAGCAUGUUAACAAAAACAGAGGCAAUAGAAUUUCUUCAAAACGAAUGGAAAAUAGAGGACGUCGAACGACAACUACAAAAUGACCGUGAAAACUUUCUGAACAAGCUGAUAGUUACUGCUCAUGAAAUGGUUCCAUUCCAAGUAUUAUUUCUCCGCAUGCUUGCAUUCAUACCCUCGGAAAAACGGAAAGUGCCAACUGUUGAAGACAUUGAUCACAUGUGUAUGUCGGGCAAUGGAGGAAAUUGCACAUUCAUUAACAUGUUCAUAUCACGACUCCUUAAAGCUCUUGGAUACUCUGCAUUUGUUUGCCUAUCAAUUGUCACAAGCCAUAUCUUUAAUCCCCACUUAAUUGUCAUCAUUAAAGAUCUCGUUAACACAGGUGACCUCCAUCUUGUUGACUGUGGGUUGGGCCUACCAUCAUUUAGGGCAAUCUCGUUAAAUUUUAACGAAGAGUCGCCCAUAUACAGGGAUUCGUUUCUUGAAUACAAGUUCAUUAAACUGGAUGGUAAGGUUCUGCGCAUGCAUGGUGAUGGUGACUCGGUGGUCCGUAAUGAUCCACCAAUAGAAGGCCUCGAUUUCAUUUGUGGAAAAUGGAGACGGUUCUAUGAAUUUACCAUUGAAACCUUGGGAUGUGAAAAUUUGGAAGAAUUAGGUCCAGUAGUUGCAAUUGCUAAAUAUUGCCUUCCAAAGUACAAGCCUCGGGCAGCUAGAUUUCCUGGUGGAAAAGCAAUUCUGCUAAACGAGGGAAAUAUUUUGUCCAUUGAACAAGAGGACAAAACACUUAAAACAGUAACAUUGCAAUCGAAAGAAGAAGCAAUGCAAGUUUUUAAAAAUUAUUUUCCCAGUAUAAGUGAAGACUUAGUUCAACAGGCUUACUCAACAUGGCAAAAGUCAAGAUUGUGA